AUGCAGAAAGCUGUAUUGAAAUUGGAAGCAAAUUGUGAGAAAACCAAACAAAAAGCCAUGGCAACUGUCUGUCGUCUCUCAGGAGUUAGUUCGGUGGACGUGAAGGAAGGUAACCUAACGGUUACCGGAGAGAUUGAUGUCUUUAUGAUUGUGAAGAAACUAAAGAAGAUAUGUUAUACCGAGAUUAUCAGUGUUGGACCGGCUAAAGAACCGGAGAAGAAGCCUGAAUCAAAACCGGAACAGAAACCAGAAGUGAUUAGUCAUUUUAUCCCCCCACCAUAUCCACCUUACUAUCAUUACAACGGAUGUGUCUAUGAAAAUCCCAAUGCUUGCGUAAUUUCUUGA